GUUGAACUCAAAUGGACAUAGAGUAGAGAUCUUGUCAAAAAUUGUUAUGGACAUAGAGUAGAGAUCUUGUCAAAAAUUGUUACUAGUAUUCACAAAUCACAAGCACAAGAGAUGAGAGGAUAGGAGUCACAACUCAAAAUUUGACAUAGGUGCGAUGGGAGGCGCCACAUUCCGCUUCAUCACACUAUUCUCAUCAUCUCCAUUACCACUCCUCCAUUGUCGUCGUCCUUCUUUCCUCCUCCUUCGCCAUUUUUCUUCUCAGCUUCUCCAUUCCCCCCUUCACCCUCCUCUUCAUCCUAUAUUGGCUCCUGUUCUCAACUGUUCACAGCAACUUCACUCUCAAUCUCACUCUGUUUGGGAUGAAACCCAGCCAAUUCUUAACUCUAAUUCAUCCAAUUUUGAUCAGCAUCAGCAUCAACAUCAACAUCAAUAUCAACAUCCAUGGCCUGAGUUCUCAGAUUUUCUUUAUUGGGUUUUUCGUUCUGGGUAUUCUAAUGCACCCUUUGUUUCUGAUGUUGUUCAAUUUGUGGAUGCUCAACAAUUGUCUCAACAGUUUCUUAACCACGCCAUUGCUUGUUUGGGAUUCGCUAGAAAUCAUCCUACUCUCUUAUGGUCUCUUCCCAGGGAGGACAUAGCGGUGGUGGUUGAGUAUGGUUCGCCUUUUUUGUUCAGUAAUGCUUCUGCUGCUGCGGCCAGGAUGAAAUCUUUUCUGCGAGAUGAAGCUAAUGAUGUGUUGGAUUCCGAUAAACCAAGCACGGUUGAUCUCAUGGAGUUUCUGUUAAGUUAUGCCCAGUUGGCUGCUGAUCUUUCCGAAAACACGCAAAUAUACACUCGGGUUGAAACAUCUGUGAGGAAAUUGUUCAGUGAGUUGGCUAAAUCUAAAGGAAAUUCUUUAGAGUCUGUUGCAACCACACAGAAACAGUUUUCUGAAACAUAUAAACAAGCAUCAAGAUCUUUUGGAGAAAGAAUUGAAAUGAAGAGAGGAGACUGGAUAUGCCCAAGGUGUAGCUUUAUGAACUGUUCCAAGAAUGUGAAGUGCCUUCAAUGUGAGGAGCAACGGCCCAUGAAAUUCAUAACCGGUGGAGAAUGGGAAUGUCCUCAAUGUGAUUUUUUUAACUUCAGUCGUAAUAUGGCUUGCCUGAGAUGUGAUUGCAAAAAGCCUGAAAUCAAUCCAUUUAUGAACCCCACCUCUGUCUCGCGUUUGAAAGCUGAUACCUCCUCUGUUACCGUUAGUUCAGAGGAAAUAAAAGAGAAGACUGAGGUAGAGCAACCGUGGUUCACUAAAAUUCAUCAGUUGGAAAAUUCAUCUGAUAUGAACAGUCCUUUAUCAGAUUCAGAUUUGCCCAAGACCUUUAAGGGAGGAGAUAGUAGGUUUGCCGAAAGCUCAAGAAUGGGCGGUGAUGAAGAUAACAUCACUAGGAAUAUUAGCCAGCGUCUAGAUGAACUUAUUGGUGGAAAAACAGAAUCUGGGACUCAAACCCAUGCUCGGUUCCAGCAACAGAAUUCUGAUGCAAAGUUUUCUAGUCAGAUGGAGAAUAAAGAUUAUGAUGGAGAACCAGCUGAAAAGUCUGUAAGAUGGUUUGAAACGGCGGCAGAGCUACAAGACAUGAAAGACCUAUCGAACGAUAUAUCUGAUGAUGAUUUCCCUGAAAUAAUGCCAACGCGCAAAGGAGAAAAUAGAUUUGUUGUCGGUAAAAAGAAAGACCGUUCUUUAACUUCUCCGAUGAAUAAAAGGCGUACGGCAAUGGAACAAGCGGGCAAUAACAAGUAUGUCCCUUUUGUUCCUUUUCCACCUGGUUACUUUGCCAAGAAUAAACCACAGGAGGGUUCAGAGUUUACUCAAUCGAGCGCACAUACUGGCUCAAUCAACUCAGCUUUCAGAGACGCGGGGGACGACAUAGAAGAUAAAACAAGCACGGUUUUGGAGCCACCCAAGAACAAUCAAAAUCCGACAUCUUUCGUUUUUCAAUCCAGCUCUCCUGAUGAGAAUUCGAAACAUCAGAGCACAAGCGAGAUCAGGGACUCGUGGAGAAGGAAAAGUUUGGAGGGGUCAGCAGUAAAAGAACCGGAUCCAUUGGACAUGUCGGAAGAAGCAAAGGCAGAGAGGUGGUUUCGACGUGUUGCUCAAAUAAAGGACAUUUCAGAACUGAGCGAGAUUCCUGACGAGGAUUUCCCUUCAAUAAUGCCUAUGAGGAAAGGAGUGAACCGAUUCGUAGUGAGCAAGAGAAAAACACCAUUGGAGAGACGGUUGGCUUCUGCACAAUCUCGAAGGAACCUUCCGGAUGUGAGCUCUGAUCCUAAGAGGAAGGAAACGGACUCUAGUUGAGAAUGCACACGAAGACAUGAUUAGGUUUUGUGCUUGGAUUAGAUGAUGCCAAUGUGUGGUGUUGUGUACUAUACAUAAGCUGUGAUGCAUUAGACAUUGUGCAUUCAAUUCAUGAAGAUAAAGAUAAUUUGGUAGCUAAAUUUCUUAUAGCUAAAAAUUUAUGUAAAUCGAGAAUUAUGGGUUAACUUAGUGACUAAGGGCUUUUCUUUUACCCAUGUAAUAGAGGUUCAAUUCUUACCGUCUACCGUUUAAUCAUAAAAAAUAUGUAAGCAUUGUGGCAGACUCAAAUAAAGGGAUUGUCAUCGAACAAGCCAAUUCAUUAGUUGAUCAAAUAGAAAAUAAAAUUAUAAAGUGCCUAUAAAAGUAGCGAUAUUUUUUCUGUCCUA